UUUAACAAAAAGCGGGCAAGAGUUUGUUUAUUUAGAUUCGCUUCUCAUUUUUCGUUCCUUUCUCCCUCUGUGCCCUGUGUGAUCUCUAGCGUACACAGUGAAGAGAAGAGAAAACACAAAAAAACUGAAAUACGAAACGAAAACUAACAAAACUCUUAAGCGAAAGUGACUCGGAUACAAUUGCAGAAAUUUAGCCUCCUGAAUAUACUCGCUUACCUCUUCCACACAUGCAGAGAAAGGUGAUCCCGUAAAGACGGCAUAAUAGUGUUUGCAUGUAAUCACGAGGUGUCUCCGUUUGUGGUGACAACGCCGCUUUUACGACCCCAAGGCAGAGAAUAGCGAGGGAAGAAGUGUGGACCCUGAAGUACCCUACCCCAGCGGCUCCUCUCUUCCACGCCGGGGGAAGAAAUCUUAGCAGUGAUGCAGAAGACAAGCGAAUAUGCACCGCGCGCUUCAGAAAGAUGAGGAAGACGAUGACACUGGCCGAGAAGGAAGGAAGACUGGAGACACUUCCCUCGCAUAUUCGGCUGGAAAUGUGGUAGGAGAGUGACGGGCUGCGGGCACUUCCGAUGGCCUUCACGGUCUGUAGAUGACGGACGGAAAGUUCCAACGCUGUGGAUUGUUUGUGAAAAGUGCCACGCCAUGUUGGGGGCCACAGAGGCGUAGAAGGGAAGGAAUUUUGUGUCAAUGUGAGCCGAUGAGCGGAGAACACACCAGCACACAAGAUGAGGAACCCACUCCAUCCUGCGACCAUAGCCACCAAAGGGAACAAGAGAUCUCCGAGACACCUUCACAUCCACCCACCACCGCCUCUUUAUCCUCCAACUUUAUCCCCCUCCUCAUCAUCUCCAAUUAUUCCCACGCUUUGUUCUCCAGCUGCUCCUCCUCCUCCUCUCGCUCCUCCUCUCCCUCCUUCUCAUUCCCAAACGAAGCAGGACACGGAAGCGCUGAAUGAGAGCCAUGAGACAUCAAUACCACGAGCACAGCAGCCAAUAACAAGGGCGGGGAGAGGAGAUUCGGCAGGCAUUCAGAGCUCACUUCCAUCCUCUCCAGCUGUACAGUCAUCCUCGUCCGCUGAGAGGGAUGAAGGUCGGGUGUUGGGCUCCUCCGCCGCCCAAACCACAGCCCCUUUAACAUCUACGAGGCUCUGGGGGCUUACGGUGAUGGUGUUAGUGCUGAUGGUGCUGAUGGAAGGAACACUCGCCCAGGAUUCCAUUAUAAGGCUUAGACAAGGGAAUGUUCAAGGGGUAAUUAGAGAAACAAACGAGCGGCAGGUGUACGCUUACCUGGGCAUACCUUACGCCAAGCCUCCCGUAGACCAGCUUAGAUUCCAGCCGCCGAUCCGUCACGAGGGCUGGACCACGACGCUCUUCGCCAACGAGUUCGGGGCGGUGUGUCCUCAGCCCUUCCUGACGGGGAUGCACACCUCCGAGGACUGCCUUACCAUCAACGUGUGGAUUCCCGAGUUGCCGCGGGGCUUCCGUCAGUACCCGGUGGUGGUGCUGAUGGAGGGAGAGCUCUUCGUCACCUCGGCGCCUUCAAGGUUCCCCGGGCAGGACCUUGCGGCCGUUGACCUGAUCGUCGUGUCCUUCAACUACCGCACCAACGCCUUCGGCUUCCUGAGCUGGGAGGACCGAGUGUUGCCGGGGAACCUUGGGCUGCGGGACCAGUCGUUGGCGCUGCAGUGGGUGGCGGAGAACGUGGACAAGUUCGGCGGUGACCUGACGAAGGUGACGCUGCUGGGGCACUCCGCAGGGGCCGCCUCCGCCGCCUACCACCUCGUCCACCCACGCAGCCAAGGACCCUUCCAGCAGAUGAUCUUAAUGUCGGGGACGCACCUGGCACCGUGGGCACUCAGCAGGCAGCCGCGCGUCGCCGCUCGGAGACUCUCUAAGCAACUGGGCUGCGGUUACGUGUCCGGAUCCUCGUAUCUUCUGGGCUGCAUCAGGAAGAAGAACGCCGACCAGAUUGUACAGGCAGUGGAGAGUCUGUUCGAGGAUGGCAACCCUAACCUCCUCUUCGCGCCCGUCGUAGACACCUUCCUGCCCCCCGAGGAGCGGAUGGUGCCUCUACAGCCUCUGAGUGCCAUCCGCGAAAGUGCCAACAGGAGAAUCCCUCUUCUGUUGGGCCUCUCAGAAGACGACGGCUCCGUUAUGCUGUACCUCAAGAGGGAGAUCAACAACAUGGGGUACGACGACCUGCGCCGCUACGCCCACGAGAUCCUGGUGCCGCUGGUGACGACGCUGGCCGGCUUUGGCACGGACGCGGAGGUGGUGAAGCGGAUGGUGGAGUACGCCUACCCGGACAAGGCGCUGCCCGGCGAUACCUUCAACCUGGUCCUCGAGAUCGUCAAGCUCUUCACGGCCGGGAUGUUCAAUGCGCCUGUGGUGAGGACGGCCGAGGAGGCGUCACGUAGGGGCCUCAACACCCACCUCUUCGUCAACACCUUCGUCAGCAGAGACAUCUACCGCUCCAACACUAACAUCUCGGGGGCCCUGCACGGCGCCGAGCUAGCCUACCUCUUCUCCCCCGCAGCCUACAGGAAGCUCUUUAACCUGCCGCUCACCUACAAUGAGGAACAGUUGAGCCGCAGACUGAAGCAGAUGGUGUACAACUUCGCCAUCAGCGGGCUGCCCUACAUGGCCCAGUACUCGCCGCGCUGGGGACGCUUUACGCCGGAGUCCCCCACGUACGCCUCCCUCGAGUCUGGCCAGGUGCACUCGGCCUACCAGAUGCACCAGAUGACCCUCUGGAACCGACUGUUGCCCGAGUUGAAUGUAUUAGACCAAAGCAGUUCGGGCGGCACCACGCUCUCCACCGCCAACCCGAGCACCGGCGACCCCACGACGGAGCAGCAGAUCAUACGUCCCGGGGAUGGCGCCUCCUACCAGUCGGCGGUGUGGGUGCUGGUGGGCGUGGUGCUCGUCCUCCUCGGCGUCAUAGUUGCCUACAUCGUCUGCUCUCGGCGGCGCAAAAGGCUCAACUCCGGCACACUGCAGAGUCAAUGA